AUGAAACGAUCAAUACAAUCAGAAAAGCUUUAUGCUGUUUUAAACAAUGCAUUACAUUAUUUUGAUUGUGUUGAAUUUAAAGCCUGUCGUUUGUUACAAUCUUGGAUGAAAUGGAAAAAUUCAAAUAAGCUCUCACCAUUUGCUUGGCAUGCUGCACUUAUUCUGGUUAAUGCUGAUUUAUGGUCUGUUGAAGCAACUAUAAUUUGUUAUCAAGCACUGAUCGAAUCGACGGCAUAUUCACUUACAUACAAUGUCCGACAGAGUAGUGCUGAAACUGUAGCAGCGUUCAUUGAAGAACAUUCGAAUCUUCUACCAAUCUUUUUAGUCAAUUUAUACAAUAGCAUUCGUCACUUUACGAAUAAAGUAAUUCAUAUUAGAACAGUAGAUUUUUAUUUAGCUUAUGGAUAUCCUCAAUACGUAGAAGCUGCAGGCUUAAUAGCUGUGCGAAUACCAGCAGCAUUUUGUGCUUAUGUAAAAGAUUGGCAAGAUGGAGAUAACUUGAAACGUGCAUUGUUCUAUACUAGUAAACAACAUAUUUUUUCACAACGUGCUGCUUGCCUAACUAUUCUAUCGAUAUUUGGUGAAUUAACAGUAGAACUAUGUGAAAUGUUUAUUGAAGCUUUACGCGAUGAUCCACAUAUGCAAAAUACUUGUUAUAAAUGCUUGGCACGUAUUAAUUGUAUUAAAGACGAGAAAACCGUCCAAAAUAUGUUAUUCUUCUAUUUGAAAUCAAAAUCAAUGAACGUUAGAUAUGUUACAGCUAAAAUUCUUCUGCAUCUUUCAAAAUCUGCUCUAAUUCCAUUGAAUCAAGUUCAAACAGCAUUGAAAAAUCUUAUAUUAGAUCCGAGUUCAAACGAGAAUCUUUGGCUGAUUAAAGAUCAGAACGAUGUCUUGGCACAGUGUAUGUAUUAUUAUGCUGGAUCAUUGAAAGAUGUUGUUUAUUCUCUUCUUGUUCAACAUUUGACUGGACACGCGAAUGAAACUAUUCGAAGAAAUGAAUUAAAUGAUAUUGCAACAAGUUUUGCUGAAUCUGAACAAGCAGCUCGUUUUGCUUCAUGUCUUUAUGAAGCAAAAACAGAAGAAAAUCUACGAUUAGAGCAACCUUCAAAAAGGGAGAAGUUGGUUAACUGA